ACUAAGCGUUCUACUGAUCAAAGGACUAUUUAUUCUACUUGGGAACAAUGAAUGUCAAAGUGAGCGACGAUUCCUAUCCUGACCAAGAUCGUCCAGAACUCACUUAUGAAGAACAAAUACAAUACGUGGGGAUAUUUUCUCAGCCCUUAGCUUCAAAAAAACUAACAAAACGUUUGUAUAAGCUGGCUCGGAAAGCUAAACGUGUAAAAAAAACCGAUGUUGGGAUUAAGGCGAUCUUGAAAGCGGUGGAGAAAAAAAGUGCAUCGGGUAUCGUCCUGUUAGCUGGUGAUACUAGCCCGUUUGAUCUAAUAUCACAUGUGCCACUGGUAUGUGAGGAAUAUGAUAUCCCCUAUUGUUAUGUUCCAUCGAAAUUUGACCUCGGUGCGUGUGUAUCUUCAGUUACCCCUACACCUAUCGUUUUCAUAUCACGUGAUGAACAAUAUGGUGAUUUGUAUGAUAAAUGUUAUACAGCUGUUGAUGCAUUGCCUUUGCCUUUAUAA